UACCGUCACCAACAGAAGCAGAGAAGAUGGCGGACGUGGUGAACGUCGGGGUGAACCUGGAUGCUUUCUCUCACGCCAUCAGCGGCAUCCAGGCGCUCCGGUCCAGCGUGAGCCGGGUCUUCGAGUACCUGAAGGACGGGAUGAAGAACCGAGAGACUCUGGAGGGCCGAGAGAAGCAGUUUAUAGCCCAGUUCCAGGACAACCUGCAGGCGGUCAACAGAGACCUGAAUGAGUUGGAGCGUCUAAGCGGAUUGGUCGGUCGUCCCUCGGAGUCCCACCCCCUUCAUAACAGCGGUCUGCUCAGCCUCGAUCCAGUUCAGGACAAAACGCCCCUGUACUCACAGCUGCUGCAGGCCUACAAGUGGUCCAACAAGUUGCAGUAUCACGCGGGUUUGGCCUCCAGUUUGUUGAACCAGCAGUCACUCAAACGAUCAGCCAAUCAGAUGGGAGCCUCAGCAAAGAGACGGCCCAAAGUCCAACCCAGUACACUGGUCUUACCUCCUCAAUACGUGGACGACGUCAUCUCUCGGAUCGGUCGGAUGUUUCCUGACAUGACCAUCGAACUGUUCAGACCUAACGGAACCUCAGCAGUACUGCUGGUGACCUUGGGGAAGGUGCUGAAGGCCAUCGUGGUCAUGCGUUCCCUGUUCAUUGACAGAACUGUGGUCCGAGGAUUUAACGAGAACGUGUACAAUGAGGACGGAAAGCUGGACAUCUGGACCAAGUCUCAGUAUCAGGUGUUCCAGAAGGUAACAGACCACGCCACCACAGCGCUCCUGCACUACCAGCUGCCCCAGAUGCCAGACGUGGUGGUCCGCUCCUUCAUGACCUGGUUGAGGAGCUACAUCAAACUCUUCCAGUCUUCAUGUCAGCGCUGCGGUCGUUUCCUGCAAGACGGACUUCCGCCAACGUGGAGGGACUUCAGGACGCUGGAGGCGUUUCACGACACCUGUCGCAUGUAGAGAUACAAACACACCUGUACACACACAAACACACCUGUACACAUACAAACACACCUGUACACACACAAACACACCUGUACACA